AUGAGCAAUCAAGAAGUGGCCAUUCUGAAUGUGGGAGGCUCAAAAUUUACAACAUGGGCUUCCACCCUGCAACGGUUCCCAGAGUCCAGGUUAGCACGGAUAUUGAAUGGCAAUGACCAUGAAUUCAGGCUGGUGAAUGGACAAUUCUUUGUGGACAGAGAUGGAACUUUGUUUAAUUACAUCCUAGAUUUUUUGAGGACACUCCAGCUUUCUCUGCCCACUGACUUUUCAGACUAUCAGAGGCUGCAAAGAGAAGCAGACUUCUAUGAGCUCCACUCCCUGGCUGAUCUCCUGAGCCAGGAAAACUUGCUGAAGCCAAGACCAGAGAUCUUGGAAGUGCGCUUCUUGCUCCAGGAAACUCGGGCCUUUUUUCGAGUCUUUGGCUCUUGCAGCAACACUGUUGAGGUACUGGCUGGACAGGUCACUGUGUUUACAGAGCAGUCCGUGAGACAGAACUGGAAUAAUAAUCCUUUCCCUUCUCAGAAGCUCCUCACUCCACUUCCUUUGGAGAGACCUUCUUAUCAUGACCUGGUUUUUCAAUGUGGCACUGACUAUUCUGCUGGUGACCAGUUAGUGGCAAGGUACGACUCUAUAAAACCUGAUCAUAGAAAGCUGAUUAAUGGAACUAACGUACUAGGCCUACUGGUUGACACGUUACUUAAAGAAGGAUUUCACCUUGUAAGCACCAGAACAGUCUCCACUGAAGAAAGAGUUGAAUGCUACAGUUUUGAAAGGAUGAAGAGGCAAGAAACCCUUUUUCUCACUGCCAACCAAAGCCCAGAAAGCACUGGUGGAGCACAGAUGAAGUUAACUCCAAUGUACAAGCAGAAAUGAAACCUGUUUCUUUACCACCUACCCUUUUGAAUCUGGGAAGAGACACGUGUAGACACUACUAACCCCAGUAUUUCUUUUUUUAUUUGAAAUUGUAACUAUUGAGGAUAGUAAUUAUUGAGGAUGGUAACAACAGUCAAUUUUUAUAUAUUUCUCAAAAAAUCA